CGACGGCGACCGCCACCGUAGCUCUCACAUGAUUCCAAUUGACCUCAUCGAAUCCUGCCAUUCUUAAACCUGAAGUCUCUCUCUAGCUGUGUGCUACAGGAAAAUUGGAUGCCUAUCAGAACUAUUCCAUGGAUAUGUAAUCAUGUAUCAACAGUAACAUCUCCCCAUCAACAAUCAAGUUAAGUCAUCAUGAAUGAAGUGAUAAGGGGCUGGGAGACUAUAUGAGACCCUAGGAGUUAAUGACCUUCAAAGAUGUAGCUGUAGACUUCUCCCAGGAAGAGUGGGCCCUGCUAGACCCAUCCCAGAGAAAGCUGUUCAGAGAAGUGAUGCUGGAGAAUAUCAAUCAUCUGGUCUCAGUGGGAUGUCAGGUCUUCAGAUCAGCUAAGCUUUUCCAGUUGGCGCAAGGAGAGGAAGUGUGGAGAACAGGAAUAGGAUUUCUCCAAAACCAGGUUCAAGUCAGGAAAAGUGCCUUUGAAAAACAAGAAAUGAUAUUCAUGCAGUCUACCUGCAGGAAAGACUCUUCUAACAUCAUGUCAUUGGAGAUAUCUCUUACUCGAAAGAAUUCUAUUAAAUGCAAUUAUUUGCAAGAAGAUUCCACUCGCAUAUCCUCAAUGAGUCAACAAGCAUUAAUUCAAAUGAGAAAGAAACCAUAUUUCUGCAAACCACUUGGGAAAGUCCUCAGUGAUGAGUCAUCUUUACAUCACACUAGAAGUAAAUCACAGGAAUGUCAUCAAACUGCUAAAGCCUUUAUUAAAAGCCCUGAAAACAGACAAUACAGUGGAACUCACAUUGGAGAUAAACCAUAUGAAUGCCUUCUAUGUGGGAAAGCUUUCAGUCAUUGCUCUUCCCUUAAUGAACAUGAGAGAUCUCACACUGGAGAGAAACCCCAUGAAUGUCAUCUAUGUGGAAAAGCUUUAAGUCAAUUUUCUAAUCUUCACAAACAUGAGAGAUCUCACAUUGGCGAGAAACCCCAUAAAUGCCUUGUAUGUGGGAAAGCUUUCAUUAGAUUUUUUAACCUUAGACAACAUGAGAUAACUCAUACUGGAGAGAAACCUUAUGAAUGCCAUCUGUGUGGGAAAGCUUUCAGUCAUUGCUCUUCCCUUAAAGAACAUGAGAGAACUCACACUGGAGAGAAACCCCAUAAGUGUCAUUUAUGUGAGAAAGCUUUCAGUCAUUCCUCUUCCCUUAAAAUACAUGAGAGAACUCACACAGGAGAGAAACCCUAUGAAUGUCAGUUAUGUGGGAAAGCCUUCAGUCAAUCUGCUCAUCUUAGGCAGCAUGAGAGAACUCACACAGGUGAGAAACCCUAUGACUGUCACCUAUGUGGAAAAAUUUUCAGUCAUUACUCUUCUCUUAAACGACAUGAGAGAACACACAGUGGAGAGAAACCCUAUGAAUGCAGUCUGUGUGGGAAAGCUUUCAGUAAUUGCUCAUCAUUUAAAGAACAUGAGAAAAUUCACACUGGAGACAAACCCCAUGAAUGUCAUCUUUGUGGGAAAGCCUUCAGUCAAUCUGCUUAUCUUCGUCAACAUGAGAGAACUCACACAGGAGAGAAACCCUUUGAAUGUCAUCUGUGUGGAAAAGCUUUCAGUCACUCUUCCAAUCUUCGAAAACAUGAAAGAAUUCACACAGGAUUGAAACCCCAUGAAUGUCAUCUGUGUGGGAAAGCCUUCAGGCAAUCUGCUCAUCUUCAUGAACAUGAGAGAACUCACACAAGAGAGAGACCUCAUGAAGGUCAUCUACAUGGAAAAGCCUUCAGUCAUUGCUCUUCCUUUAAAACAUGAGAAAUCUCACACUGGAUAGAAACCAUAUGAAUGUCAUCUGUGUGGAAGUUUUCAGUCUUCUAAUCUUCAAAAGCAUGCAAGUAUCUUCACAGGAGAGAAACCCCAUGAGUGUCAUCUAUGUGGAAAAGCUUUCAGCCAUUGCUCUUCCCUUAAAAUGCAUGGAAAAUCUCACACUGGAGAGAAACCUCAUAAGUGUCAUCUGUGUGGAAAGCCUUCGGUCAAUCUUCUAAUCUUAAAAAAAUGGGAGUACUCACAGAGGAGACAAACCCCAUGAAGGUCAUCUAUGUGGGAAAGCUGCAUUCGCUGCUCUGCCCUUGAACAACAUGAGAGAACUCACACUGGAGUGAAAACUUAAAUGUCAUCAACGUGGGAAAGCUUUCACUCAUAGUUACACCCUCAGGUAACAUGAGAAAAUCACAGGGGAUGGAAGCCAUAAGAAUACCAUCUCUAUUGGAAAACCUUCAUUUGUCUAACCUUAGACACCAUGAAGUUAUUCAAACUUGAAAGAAACUAUGAAUGUCAUUAGUGUGGGAAGUCUUAAGUCAACAUUGUGACCUUAGAUGGAAUGAGAAGAACUCAUAGUAUAAAUGUUUUGAUUUUAGAAGGGAUUUCAGUCAUAGAUUUAACUUUUAAACACACCAGAGAACUCACAUGCUGAAGAAACAGUAUGUAAUCAGUAUGCUACUGUUUUUAGUCAUCUGUAAUAUUUCAUUUAAUGGAAGGAAAUUUAUAUAGGAGAGAAUCCAUAUGAAUGUCACCUAUAUAUCAAAGCUCUUAAUAGAUGGUCUGAUAGAUAUCAUAGGAGAUAACUCAUAAAUCUAAUGGAAGUGGAGUGUAUUCAUCUGCCACUGUAAGUGAAGCAAAAUGGAGAAAUCACAUGUGAUAAAAUCUGUCUAUACUUAAUAUACUUUAGAUAAAAUGUCUACACCAUGAAACAUUAGGUAUGUAAUCACUGUGCAUUACCAUUCAGGGUAACAUAAGCAUUGGUGUGCUAAAAGAAACUCAAUUUAGGAAAAAUCAUGAAAAUAUGAAUAAGAGGGAAGUUUUUACUAGGAAGUUGAAUCCCUGGGGGAGAUGAAGAAAUUUUAUGAUGGAGAAUGUGUUCAAUGUAGAAUAAUGGGAAAUCAUUUAGUCAGUAAUUCAGAACUUGUGGGCAUCAGUUAUUGUCUCUCUCUGAUAGUGUUUGAUGGGGUUGGGUAAAUUGUUAGGUAUUUGAGGGCUGAGUUAUGGAGGUCAGUGGUGGAAAUUCCAUAGGUUUAAGUGUAGGAUAUUGUGUGAAGUGUGAUUUGGGAGUCUUCAAGGGUAAAUGAAUAUGGUUCUUUGGUUGCCUCUAAUGGACCAGUGAUGGGCAUUUUUUGCACCACUGAUUAAUUCUGAAGGGUAGGAACAGAUGUGUUUGCUUUGUUUCUGAUUUUAGAGGAAACAGUACUUCAUUUCAAUGAUUAGAAUAUUUAUCAGUGGGGGGGAGGGUACUGCAUGCAGUAGCUCACUAAGUCAAGCUGAAGUCCAGAUAUUUGCCAUUUCCCCUCUCUAAUGGCUGAUUAGGGAGUAUCAAGUCAGAACCCACUGAAAGAAUUGUUCCAGUAAUCAGAGGUUAUUGACUGCAAAUUGUACAAGGCCCAUAGGCAGUGCCAAUAUGAUGAUCUAGAUGUAGAAAUCCAGUCUUUGAUUUUAAUUUUGGGAAAAAUAUGGUCCACAGCAUGCACAUAUGAAAACCUUUCAGCUAAGUUCAUAUUUGUAAAUGACUACUGAAUUCUUCCCUACUAAAAUUGGGGACACUAGAAGUAUUUCUUUUCUCACCACUACUACUCAUAUGUUAUGAAGCAUUUAGAGACAGAUUGAAUUAUCCUAUAUACAGACUAAGAAAUGGUUGUCUUCUCUCAUCAUUUUCAUUAUAUAGAUAUAAUGGUGAACUUAGUGUAAUAAGUCAGAGUGGAAAGAAUAAGCAGAGUACUUAGGAAAGAAAAAGGAAAUACUUUUUUCUGCAGAAUACAUGGUUGGGUAUAUAGAAGCCACUUAAAUUUAAGAAAAUAUUAGAGGCUGCUAGUGCAUUUAGUAAGGUCACAGAAUCCAAAAUAAAAAUAAAAUUUAAUUUCUAUAUUCUGGAAA